AUGUCUAAGCUGAAUUUGGGUCAUGUCAAGGCGUUUAAUGUUAUGAAGACUUGUUUUGGCGGUUUUGAAGAUGUGGGCGCAAGCAAGGUUGAAUUUAAGAACUAUAAGAGGCAAAUUAACUUGUUCAUAGGGGAAUAUGACGCUGAUAUGGUUGUGAAACAUUUGAAUGAAAAAAAACAUUCCCAGCCUAAUUUCUCGUAUGAUUACAUCACAGACGAAGAGAAUCGUUUGAAGGGUCUUUUUUGGUGUGACGAUCAAGCCAAACGUAAUUACCACGUGUUUGGUGAUGUGAUUUCGUUUGACGCCACGUAUCAUUCCAACAAAUACUCUAUGGUGUUUGUACCAUUCACUGGUAUAGACAAUCAUCACUGCAUUGUUACAUUUGGUGCAACAUUGUUGGCGUCGGAAACUGCUGAUACGUAUAUUUGGUUGUUAAGAGUUUUUCUAAAAGCCGUUGGUUCUCAACCAAAAGUUGUUGUCACUGACCAAGAUCCAACGAUGAAGAAGGCUAUUUCUGUUGUUGGUGUUAGGCUAUGCAAUUCCACCAAUUUUAAAGAACGUAUUUGUGGUGUUGUGUGGACGGAUAUUCUCACACCUGAAGAGUUUGAAUCAGAAUGGGAAGCGGUUAUUGCAGAAUUCAAUUUAGAAGAUAAGGACUGGCUAUCAGAUAUUUUUGCACUUAGGGAAUCUUGGAUCCCUGCAUACUAUAGAAUGGAGCAUAUGUCUGCUGAGCUUAUUGGAGUUGCGGAUUGCAUAAAUCAACGUUACGAAGAUCAGCCUGAUGGGUUUGUUAAGUUUUACGUAAAUGACUUCAAACAGCUUUACAAACAUUCUAUGCAUGGCGUUAUAGAGAUAUUGUUUUUGGCGUUUUUCAGACAUAUAUUCUAUGUUUUGAGACUUGUGGACAUUACGGAAUUCCCAAAACAAUACAUUCUGAAUAGAUGGCGCAAAGAGGCCUCCCCAAACUGCUCUCCUGAAUGCUCAAUUAGUCGUGAAUAUAUGACCGAGCUUGAUCCUGAUGUGCAAAGUAUGAUGCGAGGUAUUAUUUAUUCAACCGAAUACACUUUGAACCGUUUAUCUAGUAAUAAAGAGGAGCUAUCCUUAUACAAGGAUCAUGUUCAAUCUUAUAUGAAGAAGGUUCAAGAUAUGCAGAUUGUUGCUCCUCCCGCUAGUUCUAGGGAUAGAUUUGCUGAGAUAACUGGUCAAUAUAAAAACGACAAGAAACCGAUAAGAGUCCCUGUAGGUUAUAAAUCCAAAGGUUCUGGUUCUCGGAUGCGCCUGAAAUCUAAACAGGAGAUAGCAAUCGACAAAAAGAAAUCAAAGUCGAAACCUGGGGCCAAAGAAAGACAGUGUCAGAACUGCAAAGCCUAUGGACACUACGCAUCAACAUGCAAACAGGCCGUGAUUAAAAGAAGAUCGACAAGGUCUUCGAGAGAUAGUGAAGAGUAG